AUGGCUGGCUUCAUACCAAUCGCUCCGUCGUGGGCUUAUGCCGGCAGCCUCGCCCUCGCCGCCCCCAUUCUGUCCAUCAUCCUCCUGAACAUCCUCUGGCAACAACUGCCUCGCCCAAAGUCCGAGCCGCCGUUGGUCUUCCACUGGCUUCCAUUUAUCGGCAAUGCAGUCUCGUACGGAAUGGACCCCUUCAGCUUCUACUCUCAAUGCCGCGAGAAAUAUGGCGAUGUCUUCACAUUUGUACUGUUUGGAAGGAGAAUGACUGUCUACCUGGGAAUUCAAGGCAACGACUUCAUGCUGAACGGCAAGCUGCAGGACCUCAAUGCUGAGGAGAUCUACAGCCCUCUUACCACCCCCGUCUUUGGGAGCGACAUUAUUUACGACUGCCCCAACUCCAAACUCAUGGAGCAGAAGAAGUUUGUCAAAUUCGGUCUCACCCAGAAAGCCCUCGACUCAUACGUCCCCUUGAUUCAGGAGGAAGUUGUCGACUACAUUCACUCAGCCCCGGCCCUUCAAGGGACCCACGGCACCGUCGAUAUCCCCGCCGCCAUGGCUGAAAUCACCAUCUUCACCGCCAGCCGCUCUCUGCAGGGCGCCGAAGUCCGGAAGAAGCUGACGGGCGAGUUCGCCGAGCUGUAUCACGACCUGGACCUAGGUUUUCGGCCCAUCAACUUCCUGAUGCCCUGGGCACCCCUUCCCCAAAACCGACGUCGUGACAUUGCCCAUGGCCGCAUGCGAGAUGUCUAUUUCGACCUCAUUAACGAGCGCCGAAAGGCCGGAGACCUGGCCGACCAGGAACCCGACAUGAUUCGUAACCUAAUGGACUGCGUCUACAAGAAUGGCACGCCCCUUCCCGACAAGGAGAUUGCUCACAUGAUGAUUACCAUCCUGAUGGCUGGCCAGCACUCAUCCUCAUCCUCCAGCGCAUGGAUCAUGCUGCGUCUUGCCUCGCGACCCGACAUUGCUGACGAAUUGUAUCAAGAGGUGAUGCAGCUCGCCUCCGACCCAUCGAGGCAUGACCCGCUGUCAGGACAGCUCCAGCACGCCGACCUUGGCAAACUCCCUCUGCUUGCCAAUGUCGUCAAGGAGACACUCCGCGUGCACUCCUCCAUCCACUCCAUCAUGCGCAAGGUCAAGCAGCCAAUGCGUAUACCCAACAGCGACUACAUCGUCACCCCGGAUAAGGUCCUCGUCUCCUCUCCCAUCGUGACCCAUCUCAGCGAGGAGCACUUUCGCAACGCCAUGUCGUGGGAUCCACACCGUUGGGACGACGUAGUUGAAGCCGACGACGACAUUGUCGACUACGGCUAUGGUGCAACUUCCAAGGGCACAAAGAGUCCCUACCUACCCUUCGGUGCCGGCCGUCACCGCUGCAUUGGCGAGAAGUUUGCCUAUCUCAACCUGGCCAUCAUUAUCAGCACCUUGGUCCGACACUUUAAGUUUUCCACCCUGCACGGCAAGACUGGCGUGGUGCCGCCUACAGAUUACACAUCCUUGUUCUCUCGCCCAACGCAGCCUGCUGUGGUCCGUUGGGAACGGCGCAAGGUCACAUAG